AUGGUUGAAUCCUUAUAUAGAAUGGGUGAACACAAUGCAUGUAUUCAAUAUUGUCAGAAUAUGAUUGAGUACUUUCUUCAAUCAAGUUUUGAUCAUCAUACAGAUGAUCUUAUCGUUUGGUAUAGUUCAUUAGGUUGUUCAUAUAAAGCCGUAUAUGACUAUGAUCUUGCAAUUGAAACACAUUAUAAAGCACUUGAACUUGCAAAGGACAAUUCAGCAUUAGCUCGAAUAUAUUAUGAUAUAGGCGGUGCUUAUCAAGGAAAAGGAGAUACGAAAAAAGAAGUCAAUGUUGACAAAGCAUUUGAAUACUAUCUAAAGUCAUUACAGUACAUUGAUACAAAUCAUGAUACUAUUUUCAAAACUAAGUUAUACCAUAAUCUUGGUUUGAUAUAUUUGGAUAAAAAUAUGUAUAAUAAAGCAGAUAUGUAUUUGCAAGAAGCACUUAAUAUUCAGCUGAAGUUAUUACCAUCAGGUCAUUCUUAUUUGGCUGCAACGUAUUUAAGUAUGGGUAAAAUGAGUUUACAUCAAAGAGAAUACGAUCAAGCAUUAAAAUAUUUUCAAUUAGCACUUGAUACAUAUAAAAAAUCCCGUUUAUUCAACCAUGCCAGUAUUAGAGACCUUUAUGAAAAAAUUGCUGCUACCUAUUAUCAAAAAGGUGAAUAUAUUAUGGCAUUAAAAAGUUACGAAAAAAUUUUAUCAAUAUGUCACAAAUAUUCAAUAUCACCUAAUUAUGCGACAAUGGCUAGAACAUAUGAAAAUAUUGUACGAUAUGUUUAUCUGAAACAGAGUGAUGCAAAAUCAGCAGUAUUCUAUGCUGAAAAAGCACUAGAAGUACGUCUUAAAUAUUUAACGGAUGAACAGAUACUAAUUUUUAAAAGUUAUCAUCUUCUUGGACUAUUAUAUAGUUUUGUAUAUAAUCCAGACAAACAAAUUUAUGAUGAAUAUAUUUCAUUGUCAUUAGAAAAUAUGAAUAAAGCUUUAUCGAUACUGUUAGUAAUUAAACCAAUAAAUUAUGAUUAUUUUUCUUCUGUUUAUCAUAAUCUUGGCGUGAUUCAUCGAUUGGUUGAAAAUUAUAAAUUAGCAUUAGAGUGUUUAAAUAAAAGUAUUGAAAUAGGAUUAGAGCAUAACCGUUUACCAAACGCCCUUGCAUCUACCUAUGACGCUAUUGCACAAGUUUAUACAACUAUUGAAAAUUAUGAUUUAGCUCUAUCAAACAUGGAUAAAGUUCUUGAUAUAUUUCAGGCAACAUUGCCUGCAGCUGAUAACAAUAUUAUAAGAGUCCAUACGACACUAGGAAGUUUACAUAAAUAUAAAAAAAAUUAUUUGAAAUCAAUGUAUCAUUUCACUAAAGCCUUUCAUCUACAUGCAAUGAUUUAUACACCCUAUAGAACGUCAUCAUACCUUAAAAUAUUAUGUAGAAAUUUAGAUGAGAUUUGUCGGAUUCUCAAUAGUAACCAUUCACAAAGAUCACAGUUUAGUGUUGUGGCUGAACAAGAAGAAGAAAAGUUAAUCCGUUUAGAACAUGACAGUGAUUGUUGUCAUAAGUACCUUUUAACAUUUGAUAUAAAGUAA